CUGUAAGCCGCCUCAUUUUUUCGUAGAAUUUUCGAGCAUUACCCCUGUCGGUAAUCUUUAGAGGAUGUAUUCUGAUUGUGUAUAUAGUAUAUGUCUAUAUUCUCUCUUGUUCCCACUUCCUAAUACCUUUAUCCUGAAUGCCGAACUCGCUUCUAGGUUUUUAAUUCUGGUCACCACCCCAGUGCUACAUCCUUGUAUGUACGUUAGAAAUGGAGUAAUGACUUCCGUAUAUAUCCACAUGACUAUAUUUGCCUUAAGGCCCCAGUUCCUGCUAAGUAUUCGUUUGCUGGUGUAAUAGGAUAUACACGCCUUAUUUAAUCGGGAUUCAAUGUUAAUUUUAUUAUUCAGUUUAGUAUCGGUUUAAACGUUUAGAGAGGAUUAAAUUGUGGUAUUUUUGUUUUACUCGUUAACUUUAUCAGUUCCGUUUUACUAUGUGUUUAAAUGAAUAAAGAUUCCACUCACUCUACCUGGAAAAAAACUGGCGCACCCUAACAAAACACAGAUCAAUACACCACAGUCGAUGUCACCACAACACCAAUACAACUCGCCGCACUUGUACACCAACACACUCAACAAAAAGGAUGUACAACGUGAUAGCAGACACAAUUCGCACAUCAACAUACGCUUUAUACAUUCGUUUUUAGACAUGCGAUCCUACGUGGCGUCACGAAAAUGCCUCUUCGAUCAUUCAGCGGUGCGGUUUGCGAUUUACAUUCACAACGAUCCGUACACCUAUUUUUGUCGUCCAAAGAUAAAUUAAUAUUUUUAUAAGAAGUUAAUAAACAUUAAUUUAAAUGAUUGUACAUUUAAUAACGUGAGCAUUUUUUUAAACAAUAUUUAAAGUGGUUAAGACUUUUGUGUGCAAAUUUGGUCAGAAAAUUAUUCACUGGGUUUACACCCAUUUUGUGUAACCUUCGUAAGCCAUCUGCAUAUGUAAAUGCAUAUGUAAAUAGGAGGAGGAUCACCUCCAUUAAGGUGAGGGAGUUUUUCAUGUGUGUCGCUGAGCCAUUUGAUAUUAUAAUCAUCCUAUUCAUAAGCAUAGAUCUUAUACAUCCGCAAACCAUGUCGUCAAUACCGCCAUGUGACAGACAACCGGUAAUUGUGCUAUAAUUGAGUAUGUGAACCACUUUUUCAUAUAAUGUUAAACAAUCAUAUAAAUAAUAUUAUUAUAAUCUAUUUACAAUACUAUACUUUCGUAAUACUUUCGCGUAAUACUCCUUUCAGCCUUGGCGGCUUGCGACGGCGCACAUAGGAUCAUUUACCCUCAAAAACCGGACAAAAUUGAACAUUACAAACUUCAGCGAUAAUACUCAAAAUUUAUUUUGUUUGGUACCUACAUAAAUAACCGUUCUACAAUGAACCGAUUAAAUGAAUGACCUUCAGGCCGCUAUAUUGCUACACAAGUAGUCGGAACCUGGACUUCGUUCAGAACGCACAUACUAAUUCGCGAAACUCUCCAUUGUUCUCGAAAUUGCAAGUGGUUUCUUUUAUUGCGUGAACGGAAUUCUUGAUAAUAUUUUUAUGGAUUCAGGACAACAUGGGUGUUUUAAAGUUUUUAUUGGACCAUACUAAAAAUGAAGAUGCUAAGGGGACGACAUGCCAAGAAAUGGGUGUAGAGAAAAAACAGUUCCUCGAAUCAGCUUUAAAUACUAUGACUACAGAUGUCAUGAAAGAGUUUCAGAAUGCUAUAUCCAUUUUAGACGACCAAGAAUCAGCAGUUACUGACAAAGUUAACGCUUUGCAUAUUAUCAGGGAGAGUAUUGACGACAUAGAUUUUGCAAAUAGUUUCGUGAAAGCUGGCGGCUCUGUAUAUUUAAUUCAAAACCUAAAUCACACAGAUUGUGAAAUAAUAAGUUUAGCUGCCUACAUAAUUGCAGAAAUGUCACAAAAUAACCCAGUAUGUCAAAAGCAUUUUGUUGAUGCAAACACAAUUCCAGCACUUAUGAGAUGUUUAAAUCAAUCGGAUGAAGUUGCAACCAGUAGUUUACAUGCAAUAUCAUCUUUAUUACAAAAUUUUGGACCUGGUCUAGUGGAGUUUGUGAACGUAGAUGGGAUACAAAUUUUAUUAACCUGUUUGGAUGUAAACAAUGCAAAAAUGUUUGUAAGAGUUUGUUUCUUAAUUGGAAAAUUAGCAGAACGACAAGAUUUGCGAGUUGCACGGAAAAAUUCAUAUCCACCAGUUGUUCAUCAAAUACAGCACAGUUAUUUUCUGGAUUAUGAAAAUCUUCCAAAGCGGUGUUUAUCUAUUCAACCAGGUAAACAAUGUAAUACUGUUGGAGAUCCUACAGUAAAUAUGAAUCGUGAUUUGGUGUUUGAUACAACAGGAUCCAUAUAUUACAAAGCCUGUUUUAAGAACGAGUAUCAGUUUCUCCCACAAAGGACUGUCAAAAAUUUUGAUAUUCAGCAGCCUAAUCCUUCGCAGCCGCAAAGGUUAACAAUUACUAAGAAAAAAUGGCAACAUCUACAAGACCUAAAAGCUUUGAUUCCAGCAGACUGUCUUUACUUUUAUGAUAAUAUGCCUUUUGAAUAAUUAAUUGUUUAAUAAAUAAUAAUUAAACAUUAUCCUC